AUGCCUAACAACGAUCCAGACAAUGCUAGUCACCAGCAAUCUCAACCUUUGCAGAACCAAGCACAACCACACAACUCGCUUUCUCUUUCCCAGUCCCAUGAAUCCAAUGGCAGUCCACAGCGUCCUUCGUAUUCGCCUGUGACCCCUACCUUGUCACAUGCAAGCUUGGGGGGUCCUCAGGAUGAUGCUGCCGCAGGAUCACCACCACAGCAAUGGAUGGAUGAUCCUACCCCCUUGCCCAUUAGUCUUGAUGAAAACCCUGAUGCCAUAGCAUUACGAGCAGCCCUUUCCAUUUUGCAGAUUCAGCGCCAACAGGCUCUACGAGAUAUGCGGGACUUAGACAGAAUGAAAGAAGCCGCUUUGAAGGAUCCAGAGCAGUUCGUCAGGGAUCUAGAACAGGGCAAACUGUCACAUUUGUCGCGAACUGGCAUUGAGCAGGACGAAGCCACAUCUUUAAAUGUUCAGCCAAGCAAUCGCAACGUGUCAAACUUCGGAACGUUUCCAACCGCACAAGACGUAGUGCGUGCACCCCCUGUUGAAUGGGCUAAAUAUCACAUCGUUGGCGAGCCACUAGAUCGACUUCACCAGGUUCAGCAACACUAUCCAGGCUUUACUGAAAGUUCACGAGCUGGGGCGGAUACUGCGCAGCCUCAUGAGAUUGCGGCUCCUUACCGCCCAUUUUUGGACCGCCUGGAUCAGAGUAAGCCAAGCGCAAGAAAUCAGCAAUCCGAUUCAUGA